CCGGGUAUCCAACACGUUCCCCAGCGAUUGGCUCCCAACACCAUGGCAAGUUUUGCCACACGAAAUGAGAUGAUGUGGAACAAGAUGGAUGAUGAAUGUAUAAAUUCAAUCCCAGCAACCUGGAUAUCGUCUUCACCACUGCCCGUGUACUGCGCGCCUUGCAUCAAUCAAUUCAUACCGUUAUUGCAGUGGUGGAGAUAUUGGAAUCCACUGGUGUUCAGAACAGUCAUGCGCUCCUAUCCAAUCAUCGCCAGUGCGCUUUCAUUAGCGGCCGCGCCAGUAUGGGCCACGCCAAACCACCACCCAAAGACAUCCAUCGACUACACCGUCGUGACCGGAGUCUUCCAACAAGAUGACCCAGCAACCGACCCCUCGACCUUCAACUUCACAGCCUCCAACUUUGGAUUGAUCAACCGGGACUACCCUUCCGACUCCUCCUGCCCGGACAAAACCAAGGCCACGCAAUGGCAGAAGCUCAACCACUACAUCAAAACCCUCAACCACGAUCCCAAAACAAAGAAGAACAACGAACGAUAUGCCCUCCUCUUCCUUGGCCGUCACGGUGAGGGCUACCACAAUGCCGCCGAGUCGUAUUUUGGGACCCCUGCCUGGAACUGCUACUGGGCCGAGCGCGAGGGCAACGGCACCGUGACCUGGGCCGACGCCCACCUCACCUCCGCCGGUGUCACGCAGACAGACGUCGUGAACCGUUUCUGGAACACCCUGCUCACGGCCGAGAAGAUUGAAGCUCCGGAAUCCUACUACACGUCCCCGCUGUACCGUUGCCUGGAUACCGCCAAGCUCACUUUUGCCAAUCUGCCGUUGCCCCGUAAGAAUCCCUUUGUUCCUACCGUCAAGGAGUUUUUCAGGGAAGGCAUUACCGCACAUACUUGCAACCGCCGUUCCAGCAAGACUUUUAUUGCCAGUCAGUUCCCCACGUAUCGGUUUGAGAAGGGGUUUGCCGAGGAGGAUCCGCUGUGGACCGACAUGUUUGGCGAGGUGAGAGAAGAGCAAGAUAGACGGUCCAAGAUUGUGCUGGACGACGUCUUCAGCACUGACAAGAACACGUAUAUUUCAGUCACGUCGCAUUCGGGUGAAAUCGCCAGUCUACUGAGAGUGCUUGGACAUCGCGAGUUUCGUUUGAGCACGGGUGCGGCGAUACCUGUUCUGGUCAAAGUCACGACGCUCAAAGGUGAAGAUCCUCCGACGGCAACAAUACCCUAUGUGCCGACGCAAACGUGUGCGGCGCCUCCGACAAUCACCGACUCAAGCUGUAACGACUGUUCAUGCUGCCUCUAG